AUGAGCAAGGUGGACAUCUCCGUGCUGUUCUCUGCGCUCCUGGCGUUGGCGUGGCAACGAGGGCAGAGUGGUGCCAAGGACGAGACCAAGGAACUUCAGCUUGAUGGAGCUCUUUGGGCACCCAUCAUGGCGCUACGUCACAGCAAUCAAGUGCUUCCAUCAAUCCUUGUAUUGUAUGCUGCAAGCUCCUUUUCAGCUGCUGUAUAUGCUGGCUUCACUUUGGGUUUGCACUUGGAGGAAGGCUGGCUCGGCUCUGAGCUUAGCAGCAACCGGUCACUGGCCGUGCAUGCAGCGGUCUGCAUUUGGAGAGCAGAAAAGGUAGAGAUCUUGCUGCAGCGCAUGCAGAGAUCGGUGACGAUAGUUCAAAACCAUGGCUUAGGCAGCAGCUUGAAAAACAGCUUUUCAGAGCCCUUCACCUGGUUCUGGCCGGGUUUCUGGGGCUCCGCUCGCCGCUUGGCGCUCCUGGUGGUAUCUUCAGUGGGCUAUGGCUCUUUCGUUCGAGUCGUGCUUCCAGCAGUUGUCUUUGACGAGUGCCUGUGGUGGCUCACCACGAAGACCCAGGACCUCUUCACUCGAAAGGUAUGUGCACUUCCGAUGGUCUUGGACUUGGUGGUGCUUCCUUUCUUAGACUUCCUCCACUUGGUUCCCGUCAUGACAAAGGUAGCCUUGAUGGCUUUGCUGGUGUACUCAGACCAUGACCAGUGCCCUAUUCUGCUGGUCAUCUCGGCAUUGGCCUGGACAGGACACAAUUGCCACUUGACAAAAACGACUCUCUUAGAGGAUUUGCCAGAUCAGCUGUGGCAGCUUUGGCAAAGCCGUGCAUCAUAG